GAUUUUACAACGCUAAAGACAAUUCACGUCGCUGGAACAAAAGGAAAAGGUUCUACAUGCAUGUUCGUGGUUUCCGUGUUGAAUCAAUAUCGGAAGUCAAUAGGAAUACCUGGGAAAAUCGGUCUAUAUACCUCAACUCAUUCUGUAUAUGCGCGAGGGAAGAUCAGAAUCAAUGGACGACCGAUUUCAAAGGAAAGCUCUGCACGGGAUUUUUUUUUGAGGUCCGGGAUAAUCUCUACGGACGUACGUGACACAUUUGAUAGAGAGUCUCCCUGUUGGCUGGGAUAUUUCCCCUUUUCGACUCUGCUCUCUAUCUAUAUCUUCACUCAGGAGCAGGUUGACAUUGCUAUAUUUGAAGCUGGUAUCGGAGGCGAGUACGAUUCAACAGACAUCAUCUCAAGGCCCUUGGUCUGUGGAAUCACCUCCCUGGGGCAUAGACCAUGUGACCACACCUGGGCCUACAAUCGAAGAGAUUGCCUGGCACAAGGCCCGCAUUUUCAAAUAUGGCUCUCCGUCUCUUUCAGUUCUGCAGCCA